AUGAGUGAAACAGAGUUCAAAGGGCACGUUGUGGUGCUCCCUUAUCCAAGCCAAGGCCACAUUAACCCUCUUCUCCAAUUCGCUAAGCGUUUAGCCUCCAAAGGUGUCAAGGCUACACUAGCCACUACCCAUUACACUCUCAAAUCCAUCUGUGCUCCAAAUGUCACCGCUGAACCCAUUUCCGAUGGCUUUGACGAAGCUGGCUUUGCUCAGGCCAAGGACGUUGCGUUGUUCCUCAAGUCCUUCAAGGCCAAUGGCUCCAGAUCUUUGUCUCUGCUCAUCCAAAAGUUCAAGAAGUCUAGUGUUCCUGUCAACUGUAUUGUGUAUGAUGCUUUUCUGCCAUGGGCUCUUGAUGUAGCCAGGCAACAUGGCAUCUAUGGAGCUUCAUUUUUUACUAAUUCAGCUACUGUGUGUAGCAUUUUCUGUUGCAUACAUAAUGGGCUUCUUACCCUGCCCCUGGAGCUGGAGGAUAAUAAGCCUUUGUCGUUACCUGGCCUCCCUUCGUUAUACCACUCUGAUUUGCCAACUUUUCUCAGGUUGCCGGAGAGCUACCCAGCUUAUCUGGCUAUGAAAUUGAGUCAAUUUUCUAACUUGGAAAAAGCUGACUGGAUUUUUGCAAACACCUUCGAAGAGUUGGAAAGCAAGGAGGCAGGAGGCAUAUCAAAGCUUUGGCCAGCAAAGUUGAUCGGUCCGAUGGUUCCAUCUUCCUAUUUGGAUGGCCAGAUUGAAGGAGACAUAGGAUAUGGAGCAAGCUUAUGGAGCCCACUAGGGGAAAAGUGUUUGAGAUGGCUAAAAACAAAGGCACCUCAAUCAGUGGUGUACAUAUCUUUUGGAAGCAUGGUUUCCUUAACAGCAAAACAGACAGAAGAACUUGCAUGCGGCUUGAUAGAAAGCAACUUAGACUUCUUGUGGGUUGUGAGAGAAUCUGAAAUGGAUAAGCUUCCAACUGGGUUCAUAGACUCAACAAAUGACAAGGGUCUCGUAGUGACAUGGUGCAACCAGCUUGAAAUCCUGGCGCACAAAACCGUAGGCUGUUUCGUGACACAUUGUGGGUGGAAUUCGACCCUUGAAGCUCUGAGCCUUGGUGUGCCAAUGGUGUGCAUGCCACAGUGGACUGACCAGAUUCCCAAUGCCAAGUUUGUGGAAGAUAUUUGGAAGGUGGGGAUCAGAGCAAAGGAGGAUGAGAAAGGAGUUGUGAGGAAAGAAGAAGUGUCUAGAUGUUUGAAGCAAGUAAUGGAGGGAAAUAAAAGCUGUGAGAUCAAGAAGAAUGUAAAAAAAUGGAGUCAGGCGGCUAUGAAAACGGUAGGUGAAGGAGGCAGCUCUGACAAGCAUAUCAAUGAUUUUAUCGAGCAUUUGAUAAAGUCAAGGCAAAGUUUUUAAUUUUUUAAUUGGGUUAGCAAUGUGAAUUACAAU